AUGAACAAACAACUCAUCCUUAUCUGUCUCUUUAUCCUCUUCACAUCUAUCAUUGUAACUAUAUCCGGCGAUGCGGUGGCCGGAGACAAAAACCCGUUCACUCCCAGAUCAUAUGUCAACCGUUAUUGGGACAAAGAGAUCCGCAACGGCUUACCUAAACCGUCUUUCCUGUUAUCCAAGGCGUCACCGCUAAGCACGGUGGAAGCCGCUACGUUCGCCAAGUUGGCCGCUGGGAAUAGUCUAUCCACGCGCCUGCCGGAGUUUUGCUCCGCUGCAAACCUCCUCUGCAUCCCAGAAGUUGCUGCAAGUCUCGAAAAACACGACAAGGACGCAAACUUUGCUGUUUACAGAGACAAGAAUUUCACCAACUACGGAACGAGUCGACCCGGUGGAGUGGAUUUGUUCAAAAGCUACUCCGACGGGGAAAACAUUCCGGUGAACGAUUUCCGUCGCUACAGCCGUAACUCCGCCGGCCACAAAGACAGUUUCACCAGCUACGCCACAGAAAGCAACGUGGCUGACCAAAGCUUCCACACAUACGGCACCGGAGCCACCGGCGGUAGCGGCGAUUUCAAACAGUACACAAAAGAAACCAACAACCCCACCCUCGUUUUCUCUUCUUACUCCGACAACUCCAACGGAAGAACCCAAUCCUUCAGUUCUUACACCGAAAACGGAAACGCCGGAGAUCAAUCAUUCUCAUCCUACGGCAAAAACGGCAAUGGCCCCACAGAAGAAUUCACCUCGUACGGAACAAGCACCAACGUUGUCGGAUCCAGUUUCUCUAACUACGCUGAAACCUCAAACGCCGGCAACGACAGUUUUACAAACUACGGAAUAGAUAUGAAUAACCCAACCAACAAUUUCAACAACUACGCUAACGAAGGUAACGGCGCAGUUCAAACAUUCUCAAACUACCGUGAAAAAGCCAACGUCGGUGCAGACACUUUCACCAGCUACGCCAAAACAGCAAACGCCGCUAAAGUUGAUUUCAACAACUACGGUAAAUCGUUCAACGAAGGAACCGACACAUUUACAAGCUACGCUAAAACAUCAACCGGCGAGACAAAAGUUAACUUCAAAGGCUACGGUGUUAAAAACAGUUUCAAAGAGUAUACAAAAGACGGUGUUUCUUUUGCAAAGUAUACAAACGUGAGUUCAACGGUGGAAGAGAGAAAAAACACGGUGAGUGGCAAUUUGGUAAAAAAAUGGGUUGAGCCGGGUAAAUUCUUUAGAGAGAAAAUGUUGAAAGAGGGUACAGUGAUGCCUAUGCCAGAUAUUAGCGAUAAAUUACCUAAAAGGUCGUUUUUACCCCGGAGUAUACUCUCGAAAUUACCGUUUUCUACCUCGAAAAUCUCUGAAAUGAAAGAGCUAUUCAAAGCUUCGGAUAAUGGUUCAAUGGAGAAAAUGAUGAGAGAUUCAUUGGGAGAGUGUGAGAGAGUUCCAAGCCGCGGUGAAACGAAACGGUGCGUUGGGUCCAUUGAGGACAUGAUCGACUUUGCAACUUCGGUUCUCGGUCGAAACGUUGUCGUUCGGACUACUCAGAAUUUAAAUGGGUCGAAGAAGAGUGUUAUGGUGGGUCGGGUUAGUGGUAUCAACGGUGGGAAAAUUACCCGAUCCGUUUCUUGUCAUCAGAGUUUGUUUCCUUCUUUGCUUUAUUAUUGUCACUCUGUUCCUAUGGUUCGGGUUUACCAAGCGGAUCUACUUGACCCGAAAAGUAAGGAUAAGAUUAAUCAAGGUGUUGCGGUUUGCCACUUAGAUACUUCGGAUUGGAGUUCCACUCAUGGAGCUUUUAUGUCUCUCGGGUCGGGUCCGGGUCGGAUUGAAGUUUGUCAUUGGAUAUUUGAGAACGACAUGUCAUGGACAGUUGCUGAUUAA